CGUCUGUGAGACACUGAUUGAAACGGGAAAUGCGAGAAAAUUCAGGAUAAGAACACCAAAUGAUGGUUACAGUCAAUCACAAAGUUCUUCAAAUCGUCAGAGAGCCAGCAAGUUGAGAAGCAUGAACCCCUACCAACAUAGCUAUUUCUCGAGAGAUGGAGAAUAUUACGCAGAGGUCCGCAGAGAAUAUGACAGAGAGUACUAUGAUCACUCUGACACAAGAGACUGGAAUUCAUCUCGAAACUUUCCCCCUGAACUUUACCCGUCACACCGGGAAUCUGUGUAUUAUGACAGUAGUUAUAGAGGGAGGGGUUACAGUAGAGAAUACAACGAUAGAGGGGACUAUCCAUACAGAAAUAGACCAACUGCACCAGAAUACCACCAAGCACAAAGGGAUUCAGUGUAUUAUGAUGACGAUCGAAGACAAGGAUCGGGACAGUGGAAUUUUUACCAUGAAAGGCGUUAUGACGACAGAGAUUCAGAGAGAGGCUACGGAAACCCCUGGAGAUCAGAAGGAGGCAGGAAUUCGGAGGGACGCUAUGGAAUUCCAGAAAAGGGCAGUAGUAAUUAUAUGGUUCCUGAAAAUGUGAGGGGUAGAGAAAAAAAUGAUUACUACAAUGGAGAAAAACCCAGGGUACCUUACUGGAAAGCAAGUGCUGAAAGAGAGCCAGAUUACAAUAUGUUGGACACAAGAAGUGGACAUAAGCAUCAAAUGAAAGAGGGACAGACUGCCAGAGUUCCCAAGAAAAAGCAAUUAAAUACUGAACCACACCAGAGUUCUAUGAAAGGUUCAUGUGAUAACAGACAGCCAAAAGAAAAGGGACCGAGGUCUUCAGAGGUGAAAGUUUUGUGUGAACAGGAAAUGCCAAGGAUAAAAAAUGUCAAGGAAACCACAAACACUGCAAGGUCAGGAAACAAAGGAGAAGACCAUGAAAGGAAAAAUAAGAAGAUCACAGGAAACGUACAAAACUUGUCAUCAAGUGAAAAUACUCCGAGUAAUUUCUCUAACACUUUACAAAUCAACUGUUCUAGUAAAGUGAAAGGUGAUUCAGGGAAGUUAAUUUCGUGUCACAGGAAGGACUCCCGUGGCCCCAGCCUUCCUCUUAAAGAACAGAAGCAAUCAUCAGAAUCAACUCAAAGAAACAGCACCAGAGAGAAAGAGGGAGUGAAGUGUACAAAAACUAAGAAUACUAAUCCAAAUGAUACACGUCCCAGCAAACCUGGCGGGAAAAAGGGUGAUAACAACAAAAUUUCAGAGAAUGUAAGAAGCAAAUCUUUUACAACAGAUGGAUCAGAGGUAGAAAUGGAGCAUUUGAAAAGACUCUCUGCUCUGACCUUAGCUUCAAAUGAUGAACAAGAUGUUAAUUCCAACGCAACUGCAAGGACUAUGACAAGGGACAAGGACUCAGGUGGUGACUGUGUGAUAUUGAAUCCUGGUGAUAAAAUUCAUUCUAUACAGGAAGUUCCACAAUCUCAGACAGCUGCUGUAGCUUCUCAAGUCAGAGCAGUUGCAGCAAACACAACAGCUAAGAAAUCAGAAACCAGCAGAGAUAAAAUCGCAAGUGGUAAAGGGUUUUGUAGUCAAGAUAACUCAGAUAAGACCUCUGGUCAAGCACUGAAGUGUCAACUGAACACUGCUGUAAAUGAUGUAGAAAUGAAAGAUGACAAUAGUUGUGGUGAAAGUACACAUGAUUCUCAUAUAUCAACCACAGUAGAAAGCGCUGUCUCUAUUAGAAGUAGUCCCAACGGAAGAAAAGGAAAUGGCACAUCAGAGAUGGAAAAUUCUCCUGCAGGGAAGCAGGAGAGUGGUGUAGAUAAUUUGUGUAAGACUACAUCCACAAUGUUACAGCAAACUGGAUCUUUUCAAACAAAAAAUGUUGACAAAGGGAGCAAAGUAGACUAUGUACAAGACAAGACAUACGAUGGACCACACCACAAGUCAGCGGGGAGCUCAGCACAGAUCAAGGGUCAGGUGAAUGCGUCUGAUUCUGCAGAAGGAGGUAAGAGGGCAGAAAAGGUUUCAACAAAGGAAGGGGAGAGUAAACCAGGCCAGAAGGAUAGGCAGAGGAAGGGAAGUGGAGAGAGUCAGCGUUUCUCCACAAAGGAUAGACUGCACAGGGGAGAGGGGAAGAGACGCCACUCUGAGGCAGCUCCACACAGGAGGGAGAGUACUCAACACAGAAGUAGUACAAGUUCCCCAGGGCAGAGAUGUGAAGCAUCUAGAUCCCAGUCUGACUCUUGUCAGGAGAUUACUCCCAAAACUGCGCAAACAUACAGGGAAUAUAAAGAAGCCAAACAGAGGGAGAGAGAGGAACAAGAGAGGAGACAGAAUCGAGUGAAACAGCCCGGGACAGAGAGACAAAAUAGUCAGUCCUCCACCGCUAAACAAGACUCGGCUCAGAACUUGGGUGACUCGGUGACAGACGGCACAAAGAAAAGCGGACAGACGAGUAGUUCUACAUUGUUUGAUAUUACUGAGUCAAAAUUCUGCAUUGUUUAUGGAGCUGAUUUAUCAAGUCCUGAAGACACUGGUGAUAGAUUAAGUGACCUUGACAUAGAUUUAGAUGAAUCAGAUGAUGAAUUGUUAGAGGCUCCAUCCUUCCUAAGAGACAUAGAGAAUGCAAUCACACAACCAGUUCCUGGCACCCCACCACGGAAAAAUCAUGCAUCUCCAGUUCGAAGCAGCCCUGUGUCGAUGACGAGCAACACAUUCAAUUUCACUGGCAAGUUCUCCCUGGACAGCCUCCUGGCAGAACACACAGAUAAACCGGAAGAGCAGCGAGAAUAUGAAGAUAUGCAUGCUGAAUUGAAGGAGUCUGUACGACUAGGAGGAUUUGUGAAAGAUACUCUGGAAAAACAGGAUGAUCAUACUGAACAAAAUUUACUGCCAGAACACCAAGAACAGAUAGAGCAUCUUGAAUUGAAGAAAAGCGUAAUUUCAACGACUUACCCAGGAGAGACAAUAUUUAGUGCUAGCCAUUACAAGCAGCUGUUCACAUCACAGAUUUCUCCCGCCAUGUGUGGGUUUACUCCAGGGGAGUCAUUCAUUGACAAGUUUCUGUCCACUGUACAACCAAAGGAUUAUGGAACACUGCUGUCAUCAGAAGUUCUAGUCAACAGCCUAGAGAAGGUUUCCUGUCCAGAGAUUCUUCUGAGAUGGCUUAUUUUUCUGAUGUCGGUGGACGACAGUCACCUGGUAAUGGAUGGGUGUUACAAGGUGGUAGAGGAGUAUCUUUACUGUCAGAAGGUGUUUCGUGGCGAUCAGGACAACCCUUGGGCACCCCGUAUAGAGGACAUGCUUUCUGUGUUCAUCAACUGUGGAGCAUCUAAAGAGACUCUUUUAUCUGACAAAGCAUUCAGAGACGAUGAUGAAGUACGUGCCCUCGGUGACAAGGUGACAAGGGAAACCAGCCAGCCCCUCCCUCCCCCUAAUGCUGGCAGUCUUAACAGGGAGAAUCUCAGAAUGGUGAUGCAGGUCCUAGCUCUCUCUCUACAGAGGAGACCAAAGUACCCUACAACACACCUGAUGGUGCUGUAUGUAAUGUUAUGUAGAGUAGCCCUGGACAAAUCUCUUAACUGUGGCCUUAUAGAUAUAGAGAUCAAGGCUUGUUUAGGCAGCAUUUUGAACUGUUGGACAGAAUCUGAAUGGAAGACAUGUGUAUUACGGCUGUGUUCAGUGGUACCCAGUCUGACGGAACACCACCACAACAAGGCCUACCUGGCGUCCCUGUGUCCCUAUGGUAAGAGAGGACAAUUCCUACAGAGGAGAAUGUCGUACGUCAUUCUCAGACAGCUGUUUGAUAUGGAGCCGAGUUCUACAGAAAACAUAGAAAACUUCAAGAUACGAGACCUUCACCAGUUUCUGCCACAUCUCCAGAGUCUGGUGAAUGCCGACAUGUACAAAUUGUACAGCUGUAUUACUCUAGUAGACCACAGUGUGGGAAAUAGUCCUAUUACGACCAUACAAAAGGAGAGCCUUCAGUAUUUGUCUGAUCAGAUAAAGAAGAUCUGUGGAGACGCAAGGGAUGAUGUUCGCAUACUGGACAGAAGCAGGGUAAAAAACCAAAUGGUGAUGUUGACAAGCAAAUGGACAUUAAUGUUACUCACAGUGGGAAGCAAACAGAGAAGUAUGUUUUCCUAUGCAAACCGCAAAGCUCCACAAACACUAAAGAUAGAAACAGUUCAAACGAUCCAGUCAGACGAGAGCCAGUCGGAUCAGGAGUCGGAUGUAGAAAUGGAACCCCAGGAAGAGGCGGAUGUACUAAUGGAUCCUCUGGAGGAGGACAAUACAGUCUCCACAGUCAGUCAUUUGUGACUGACACAGCAAUAAGGAGAUGUUUUCUUGCCCAGUGUAUUAUUCUAAUUAACUUUGUUGACACUGUUUAGACAAUAUCUAAAUGAGAUUCAUAGUCUACCCAUUAUAAAAUGUCAUAAAUGUGCCACCUCAUGAUUCUCGUCAUCUAAAGCAUGUACUGUCCAUUCUUUAUUGUAUACGAGUGAUUCAUAAUUGUAUUCAUGUGUCAUUUGUCAGAGGCAUCUCUUGCAAAAUUGAAAGUCCUACUUUAUAUAGGAUUCGAUUCUUCAAAGGAUAUAACAAAUUAAAAUUUAAAUUGA